AUGCUGUCCAAGAUCAUCCUUCUCUCUCUUGCGGCCUCGUCCGCCCUCAUCUCGGCUGCUCCUCUGCCUACGAAGCGCGAGGCAGAUAUAGCUCCAAAUCUUCUCAUCAAGGACGUUAUGGGUACUGCCGACUCAGACAGCGUACUGGUGGCCAAGAGCGAAGACGAUGUCCAGACUCGCUCUGAGGCUUCUCUGUGGGCUCGUGCCGACCAGCUUAAGGACUUCCCCGGCGGGCCUCCUUGGGCUCGCGAUGAGACCUCCUCUCUCGCUUGCCACACCACCGACUCACAUCCUCUUGUCAAGCGCAGCAAAGAGUCAUUGUGGGCCAGAGCCUUUGGUCUUCUCGACCGUCGCGAGGGCGAGGACGAUAUCGAGACGCGCUCAGAGGCGUCUCUGUGGGCUCGCGACGAGGCCUCUCUCCCCACUCAUCACACCACCGACCCCAAUCCUGCCGACAAGCGCACCGAAGAGUCAUUGUGGGCUCGCGGUUCGAAUGCCUAUGCUCGCUCUGAUGCAUCUCUGUGCGCUCGCGACGAAGGCUCGCUCUUCGCUCGUCGUACAAACGACUCGGUUUCUGCUGCCAAGAACAUCAAAGUGUCAUUGUGGGCUCGCACCUCUGACCUCCUCGCCCGCGACGAAGACACUGAUACCAAGGCUCGCUCCGAGGCGUCUCUGUGGGCUCGCGGUGUUGACAUCAAGCCUCUCGCCCACACGGGUGACAGCAUGUCUCUCGCUCACGCCGACUAGCAUAUUGUCCGCAACCAGCUGCUAGCCAAUAAGGCGGACGGCACCGACGGCCUAACAAAGAAGAAAACCGACUUUGGCUACCUUGUAUGCUGAGCCAUCCUACGACGCUCAUCUCAGCCCUCAGUUGGCACGAUCCUCCUGCAUGCAUCACGAAACGUUGUUCGUGGGUUAGCAUGGCGUUGCUACUUGGUUUACAUCCGUUCACUCAGCGACAACCGAAAGCGUGGGCAUGCAGUCUAUAGACAAAAAGUACUUACCAC